AUGGACUUUCUCAAAUCCGCAGUCGCUUCUGCCAUCGCCAAAUCCAGCUCCUUUCCAGUCACCAUCGGGGAUCGUAUUGACUUCGGAGACUCCAUCUGGAUCUUGCACAAUGCCACCAAGAAGGACGACAACUCGCCGUGCUGUCUCUUCAACUUCGAUAUCCAUUCCAACAGGGCUCUAUUACCCCUAGCCAAAAAUGCUGCCCGAAAACUGCGAACAAUCCGGCACCCGGGUGUGAUACGAGUGAUUGAUGUGAUCGAGAACGACACAAACAUCUAUAUUAUCACGGAGAAGGUUACUCCGUUGGCCUGGCAUAUCAGGCGCAAGAGCCUGAGUGAAGAGACCAUAAAAUGGGGGCUGUACAGUGUUUCCUCGACCCUCAAGUUUAUAAACAACGACGCCUCUUCUGUGCACGGCGCAGUGCGCAUCACCUCGGUGUUCACCAGCGAGAGUGGCGAAUGGAAGCUGGGUGGCUUUGAAGUGCUGAGUUCCAUGAACGACGACGACGCAAUUAUUUAUAACUAUGGAAGUUCACUGCCAAACUCGAAUGCUUAUGCCCCCCCCGAGGUGGCCAACGGCGGCUGGUCCGCUAUCAAGAAGAAUCCCUUGGGAGCCCCGGAUGCCUACGGUCUCGGCACUCUCGUGUAUGAAGCGUUUAAUGGGGGUUUCAUGGGCAGCGACAGCCUCGCACAGCCGAAACACAUCCCUGCCAACAUGGCGCCGAGCUAUCGGCGAUUGAUCAAUGCAAACCCGAAGCUGAGACUGAAUGCUGGUCAAUUCGUCGAGCAAGGAAAGAAGGUUGGAGGGUUCUUCGAGACGCCCCUUAUUCAUAUUACCGAAGGAGCGGAAAGUCUUGGGUUGAAAAACGAAGAGGAACGAAAUGAGUUUUUAAAGGAACUCGACGGCCUCACGGACGACUUCCCAGAAGAUUUCUUCAAGAUGAAAAUCUUGCCUGAGCUGCUAAAGUCUGUUGAAUUUGGUGGCGGAGGGCCCAGUGUCUUUGGUGCCAUUAUGAAGAUCGGGUUGAAAAUGUCUGAUGACGAAUUCGAAUCGCGUCUUGGGCCACUCAUUAUCCGUCUCUUUAAUAGCCCUGACCGGGCUAUGAGAGUGUGCUUGUUGGAUAACCUGCCCCUGAUGAUCGAUCGCAUACCUCAAAAGGAUGUCAAUGGCAAAAUUUGGCCUGCCAUGACAACUGGCUUUACCGACACAGCGCCAAUUAUCAGGGAACAGACGGUCAAGGCCGUCCUGUCCGUGAUAUCAAAGUUGUCGGAUAGAGUCAUCAAUGGAGAGCUUCUCCGAUUCCUGGCAAAAACGGCCAACGACGACCAACCUGGAAUCCGAACUAACACCACGAUAUGCCUUGGGAAAAUCGCAAGAAAUCUAGGUGUCGGGUCACGGUCGAAAGUACUGAUUGCUGCAUUUGGCCGUGCUCUGAGAGAUCCUUUUGUCCACGCCCGAAGUGCGGCGUUGAUGGCACUGAAUGCAACCAUUGACGUUUUUAGUGAUGACGAUUGUGCCACGAAGAUCUUGCCUGUCAUUUGUGUGAGCUUGGUUGAUAAAGAAAAGAUCGUCCGCGAUCAAGCUACCAAAGCCGUCGAAUCCUACCUGGCUCGGGUGCGUAAAUAUGCCUCAACUCUACCCGAAACAGCACUUCCACCAGAGCAGGGCCCGGGAGCUGCUACUGCUACCACUCCAGCCAGGAUUGGAAAUCAAAGUGAUACCAGUUGGGCCGGGUGGGCAAUUUCCUCCUUCACGAACAAAAUGGCGGGAGCCAGAGGCGAGAUGGCUUCCACGGCGGCAACGAACGGAGCGCCUCUGGCACAAACGCAAUCAAUGCCUGCUUCUGGACGGAGCACACCUGUCAUCAAUGUUUCGUCUGACGAACCGACUGCUGUCCCAUCAAGAUUGCGAACCUUGCAACCGGCGAAAAGUUCCACACAAGCUAUUGAGCCCGAAAAUGCUUGGGAGGAAGAGGACACGAUGGAUGCCUGGGGUACCAUGGAUGACGACGGAGAUAACUUUUUUGAUGCGUCAUCUACGCACCGUACAAACACAACUACCCCUGAACCUGGCGCUGCAGCGGCCGCCGCGUUUGAUGAUGGCGGUGAGCCAGAUUUUGCUGGCUGGCUAGCCGCUCAGUCCAAAUCGAAGUCGCAGAAACCACUCCCAAAGGGAUUGUCCAAAACCACCACCACAGCGUCAGCUUUGAAUGUGCGUCCAUCUGGCCCGGCGAGAAGUGUGUCUGCAGGUGUUGGAACUACCGGGACCAAUGCUAAGAGACCGGCCAUUGCGACCACGCGGACUACAGCACCAGUAGCGGCAAAGAAAGAAAUCAAGAAAGACCCGCCAAAGCUGAAAGAACCUGACAUCAAUGAUGACGACUGGGGUGAAGCCUGGGACUGA